AUGGAGAAGAUGUCGGCGGUCGAUGUCAAGACGGCAGUACAACAAAUAGUUCCUUACUUAGAGGACACAAGCAACGAUGCACCUCUGGUCAUCUACUUCGACGGAUGGCUUGGGCUGAGCGCUUCUGCGGUGCUUAGAGCUAUUGCAGAGCAGCCUCCACCAUCUUUACGAGAGAAAUUCGACAGGAUCAUCCACAUUGGCUGUUCAAUGUGGAAGAGCCGAAGAGCAUUGCAAAGGGUGAUCGCAAACGAGCUCAAGCUCACUCAACAGCUAGCGGCUGAUUUUGACAGGCAAGACGAGGAGGACGAUUUCAGUGGGGUAGACCAUGGCUCCAGAGCUGAGAUUAGAGACAUAACAGGAGUGAUAGGUCGAUACCUAGUACAGUACAGAUGUCUAGUUAUCUUUCACAAUGGAAGUAGUAACACAGUUGACUUGGCUAGCUUUGGCAUACCAAUGCUCGAAUUUUUAGGUACUAAGGUACUGUGGACCUUCAGAGGAUGGCUUCGCCUCAAUAGAGAAAUUCGUGAAAAGGUAGAGAAUUCACACCUUUAUUUUUAUGCUGUGGAUUACCAUCACAAAGAAUGGAAUGCAUACCUUGCAGAAGAUGCUAGAGAAAUCGCUUUGCACAUGCAUAAGCUUGGCCUUGGUGUUACACCUAAAAUAGCCACAGAGUGUUGCUUGUACCUAUUGUUAUUGAAUAACCAAGGUAAGAAGAUGAUUGAUUACAACUGGGCAACCCAUGCUUCCUGCUACUGGGUUUGCGAUGGGAUCAUAGGAGGAGGACCGGACAACCAGACAUGGGAGGUUGCUCAUGCUCUGCAGCAGCAUAUAAGACUAGAAGACUACUCAUCCAAUGCAGAGCUUAUGGAGUCUGUAGAGAGACUGGAACUUUCCUCGAAACAAUGGAUUUCUAUUACUGAAUCAUAUUUCAAAGAGGUUCCUCCAGAGGCAACAACCCUGUUCUAUGGAUCCAAAAACUUUUCAUCACCUCCAUUCCAUUGCUGCCACAACUUAAGAUUCCUUGGACUGGAUAGAUGCAUGGAUGGACUACAACAUGGGGAGGAGGAGGAGGAGAAAAAAGGUGAACCAGCGGUGGAAAUUUUUCAGCGGCUAUGGGUGCUAGAUGUUUGCCACAUGGAUUGGCCAUUGGCUUUUCCCCCAGAAACAGAAGAGCAAGUGGUGGCUACAGACAUUAGAGAGGUUCAUAUAACCAACGGAAGGAUUUGGACCAGCAACCUUGCAUGGAGACGCCUGCCGAACCUUCACAAGCUCCAAGUAGUUGAGCCCACAAACCUUUGGGAGACAGAAAGAAGAGAUGAAUUCAUGGCUAUGGUGAAUCUGGAGCUCCUUGACCUAUCUGGGAACAGCACCAUACAAGUCUUGCCGAGCCUUUCGGGUGCAACAAGCCUCAAGACACUGAUUCUAGAUGGUUGUGUUGGGUUGGAGCAUGUUGGCCCUCAACAACUCCCUCCAUCACUUGAAUCAUUCUCAUUGAAUACCGCAGGAGAAGAUGAGGAUCUCAAGAAGAAGAAUGUUGAAAUAUCUUACAUCAGCUUGGCUGGGUGUGUAAGAUUAGCAAACUUUAUACUGCGUGGGUCACUGCCAAACCUUGAGGAGCUGGACCUCUCGCACACAGCAAUCAAAAUCCUUGACCUUGGAGCGGUCGUUGAAGUGAAAAAUCUUCAGCGACUCUUCUUGAUGGGAUGUGGGCAGCUCCGCUCAAUUUCAUGGCCCAAAACCAAAAUGUACAAACUAAGGCUGUUGUGCAUUGACACUCGGGCAAGAGGAGAGGUGGACAACAGAAAACCAGCAUGGUCACGUGAUUGUUCUUUGAUGGUCUACCAGCAGGACGAAGUAAACGAGUAUUGCCAUGCAUCUGUUGCCGCUGCAGAUAUGAGGUUCCUUCAGUCCUUGCCGUUUCUUUGGACAUGGGCACCCAUUCGAUGUGAUAGGUGGAAUCUCUGCUUGUCAUCUACCAGCGAUGAUGAUGGAAGCGGCUGCCACAAGGAAAAGAUGGGCAGUCAUUAUAGCACUGGACAGCUAGCUGCUGUUCUGUCUCUGCCCAAGUCAUUAACCUACCAUGACAUCAGCAUUGAACAGAUAUCUGCAAAGAUCGAUAUGAGCAGUAGCAGCAGCUCAGCGCAAUUUCUGCCACUAGACUUGCACAUGGACAUUGGCGAGGGAAUUAGUGACGUCACCGACAAGUCCAGCACGCGGGCAAGGAAGGCAAUACGUAGUGUGAUGGACAGUGUGCAGUCGUUGCACGUGCACGACAGUUCUUCCAUCACCAGUGUUGCCCCUGAACACACUUUUGGGACAAAUAUCCCUAUAAUGAAUGGGCUCAAGUGGUGCUGCGUGGAGAGAUGCCCCAAGUUGGACACUGUCUUCACGACUACUUACUAUUAUCUGAGUUGUUUGUCUCAGAUGGAAAUCUUUUGGGCGGCUCAUCUCUUGAUGGCCCGUUCUAUUUGGAGCAGACCAAGAAAUCCAACGUUGGAUGCAAGUGAUUUAUCGUUUACACAACUGCAGGCUAUUCAUCUGCACUUCUGCCCGAGGCUCAGAUAUGUACUCCCGAUGGCUUCGAACAAUACCUUAUCCAAGGUGCCGGAUACUCUCCACAUACACUGCUGCGGUGAUCUCAAGCAGGUCUUCCUCGUGGAGCAAGAGUUCCUAGAGAAAAUAGCGGCCAGACAUGAAAAAGGCAUGCUGGGAUUCCCAAACCUCAAGAGCCUAUACCUGUAUGAUCUCAUCAGUUUGCAACAGAUCUGUGAGGCAAAGAUGUUUGCUCCCAAGCUCGAGACCAUCUUAUAUUAG